GUUAGACAUGUCAUUGGUGGAAGUGAGGAUUAUGGUGAUUGGUGGCUCGGAUCUCUGCCUUAUGUCACUACAGUAUAUAAAUUGUGUGGUGAAACAAUAAAUAUAGUAACAGAAAAUAUCAAAUGAUGUACUUGUAGAAAUGAGCAAGAUUACAGAUGAAUCACCAUCUGAAAUGAAUGAUUUUAAGUGUCAGCUAAGUGGACUCUUGGCUACACUGCAGAAACUCCCCUGUGGAGAACAGCAAGCAGCCUUAGAUCUCUUACAGUUGACACUUAAUCAUCAGCUUCAUGACAAACAACACUCCAAAAACAGAGAAACCUUAUCAGUCUCAGAGGAACCCAUUGUUCAAGAAAAAAAUAUUCCCUCUUCACACCAAGAAGUAAGAAAUGUUGAUGAAAUACAUUGUAAUUUAAAGCAGGAUACUUUAAAUGAUGGACUAUUGCAAGAUUCUCAGCAGGAAGCACUUGAUGAUAAAUCAUUGCAUGGAUCAGAGCAACAGAUAUUAUAUCAAGAAACCGUAUAUGACACUCCUCAAAAACAUCCACUUCAGGAAAAAUUACCAUUAGAUAUUCUCCAUCAUAUAUCAGAUACAGAAUCUGUAAAAAAGACUCGGAGAACAACAACAGAAGCACUCAGAGUUAAUCUUCCAUUACAGAAAGCAUUAGAUCCAUGUAAUGUUCAUGAAUCUCAGCAGCACACAAGAGACACAGGUACACUUGAUGAUUCUCAAGAACUUACAGUAGACCUGCAGACCAGUGAAUAUUCAGAAGAGACUACAUUAGAUCUGAAGGAAGCUCUCUUUUUACAGCAGAAUAUUAAAGAUUUGAGAGCAACCCAUAAAUCACAACAGAAUUCCUCUCUCCACAAAGUAUUAACUGAAUGUCAGCAGCACAUUACAGAGGAAAAGACAUUGUAUGGAACAGAAAAGAAUAUAACCACUGUAAGCAAAACCAGUGACUGCCAGCAAUACUGCACAGAUCUUGGAGACUAUGAUAAGUCACCACAAGUAUCUGUUUUAGACAGAAUUCCUGAGUCUGAACAACAAACAGUGCCCUUUCUGUCUCAUGAUGACACACAAGAGCUAACCUUGGUUAAUUCAGGUGACUUGGAUGAUACAGACAAUGAAGUUUCACAAUUGGGUACACCUCUUGGGCCUCACGAUCAAAAUGAAAAGUUAAUUGUGAUGCAAGAAACAAUUGACUCAAAAGAUUUUCAGGGGGAUAGUAUUUUGACAACUGAUAAGUCUCAUUUAAGAAUCUUAAGUGGAAAGCACGAAAGGGGUGAAAAUAAACUAGGCCCUAAUAAUAAAAGUGCUUCUUUUGAUGAAACGAGCUCCAGUUCUUUUAAUGUACCUAAUUUUAGUCAUGUACAUACUAGAGACAAUUUGUACCCAGAAGAAAAUGCUUAUAUAUUGCCCUGUUUGGAAAGAGGAAACUAUGACAAAAUUUAUUUUAAAGAAAAUGUUUCCAUAAGGACUAAUCAAGACGACUUUGAAAAAUGUCUUGGUACACAAUAUUCAAAUGAUCAGUUUCAUGAGUACAACAAGAAAAGCAAAGGCCCAUUAAGUGAUCCAAACCUUGAUAAAAAUCCUGUUGAUCUAAGUAAUGCCUCCAGUGUUUACAGUUCAAAAAAGACUAGGAACAUUGAGAACUUAGAUGAGUCUCAUAUGAGCUCUGUUUACUCACUUGAAGCGAAAAAUGGCAAAUGUGUUUUAAAUGAGGCAAGUGAUAUGAGUGAAAGUACUUCCAAUAAAAAAGAAAAUUCAGAAUACCGAAGUGUUUGUAAGCGAAAAUAUUCUACGAGAAACCCCGGUGACAAUCACAGACAAAAAAAGGUGAAGAAAAAUAAGAGUGUUAAUGUGACACUGGAGAGAAGCAUUGAUUCAGUGUUAGAAGGGAGCUGUGAACAAGUCAUGGAUAUUGAUGUGUCAGAAGAUGAACUAGAGUCAGAAAAGACAAACUGUGAUAAGUAUGAUCUUAGUACUCACAGUACUUUGAAAGAGAGUACAACACACAUUGUUAUUACAAAUAACUGCCAGUUGGCACUUUCAACCCAAAAUUAUAGUAAAAACUUACCAAAUAAUGUAGAUUCAACACACAGAAAAGAUGGCGAUGAUUAUGGUGAUGCAUGUGGGAAUGAGGAAAUUGCUUUAUUUAUAAAUAGACAAAAAGGAGCAUUGCUUGCAGAGACAGAUCACAAGAAAAGGGAUGGCGAAGUCUUACUAUCUUCAAAUUUAAGACCUGUAUGUUGCAGAAGUUGUAAAAAAGAACUUCCUGAUGUGUCACUUCUCUCUCUACACUUACGUCAAUGUGAGGGACAUCUUACAUGCACAUUCUGCCAGGAAAAAUUUGUUCGCAAGGUAACUUUUUCAAGGCAUAUGGAGGGUCACAAGAGGAAUGUAUGCAGUAAAUGUCCCCAGAGUUUUUGCAGCCACAAGAAGUUAAAGGCACAUAUGAAAUCAGAGCACAAUUAUGAUUUGGUUUCAAAGACAUAUCCGUGCCACAGGUGUAGCAGAAGCUUUCUUAAACGAUCAUCCUUGUACUAUCAUCUUAGGGUCCACGCAACUGAGAAUGAGCACGUCUGUCAAAAGUGUGGUGAGUUCUGUAAGGGAAGUGAGAGUUACAAGUUACAUAUGGCUGAGCACCUCAAGGCAACCAACUUCCACUGUCACAUUUGUUCAGCAAGUUUUAGACGCCGCCAGCAAUAUGAUGAUCAUCUCAAGCAUCACAAGAAAAAUAACUGUGAAAUUUGUGGGCAGCCACAUACUACAAAACGUGCCCUGGUACGCCAUUGUCGAAUAGAACACAAGUCGCUUCCUCAAAAUAUUACAGUUAACCGUGAAUAUAAAUGUGAAAAGUGUGAGCGAGUCUUUAAUAGACCUUCAAUACUACGUCAUCAUCUGCAGUUACAUGGAGGUGUGAAGCCUCUGGAAUGCCGUUUGUGUAACAAACAGUUCAGCCAUAAGCGGGGUCUCCGUAAACACAUGAAUAGCAUUAUACAUGAGCACAUGCUUCUCACAAAUAAUUUACAGAAAGACCAUGCUUAUGAUGUGAAACAGAAUUUUGCUUUUGUAUGUGAAUAUUGUGGAAUUAAGCUACCUUCAAGACACAUGCUUUCCAAACAUAGCCGUAUGACACAUAAAGUUGGUAUUACUUGGAGUUGCCCUCAUUGUGAUUAUAAGACAAAACGUAAUCACACUUUAAAGAGACACAUGGAACUCCAUUUAGAGAGCCGGAAUUUCAUGUGUGAGAUAUGUGGAAAUUCUUUUCAAGCCCUUGCUACCCUUAAGGAUCAUCAUAACUUUGUCCACUCAGAUGAACGGAAUUACAAAUGCUCUGAGUGUAACAAAAGUUUUAAGAAUAAAUCAUCAUUAGCGCGUCAUUGUCGUACACAUUCAGAUGACAGGCCUUAUCAGUGUCAUUGUGGAACAAGUUAUAAGCGACUUUCUCAUUUAAAGCGACAUAUGUCUUCAGCUCACAAUGAAAUUUUGAAAUCUAGAGCUGUAAAAAAAUUCAAACAGUCUGAAGAAACAGAAACCAAUACAGAUAGAUCAUAUGAUGGGCAGGAUCCAACACAGUCCACAGAAAUUUCUGAUGGUGAAGAAUUUGAAUUUGUAUCAGUAUCAAAUUCAUCAUUAUCCCCUGUAAUUCAGACAGAGGCAUCAGUUAAAAGUACUUCUGACAUUCUUCUCCCAGCACAAGAAAGUAUUAUCUUAAUGGGUGAAAGCUCCAAUUCAGAUCAGGGGCACCUCAUAACAGUUGGAGAUUCACAGAUCAUUCAACUUAUACCGUCAACAUUUCAGUUUCCACAGGAGAGCAGUUUUCAAGCAGUAUCUCUAGUAUCUACGAGUGAACUUCAUACACUUCCUUUAUCAACUACUGCUCCCUAUGGCCAGGUGGCUCAUAGUAACCAAGUAGUUGUGGAGCCAUUUAGUCUUUCCCAAAAUUCAGACACAAUGGUCAUGGUUCCUGCUUCACAAGAGGACCAUGCUCAUCUCGGAGACUCUGAUGCAAUUAGAACAACUUUCAGAACAUUAGAGAAUGAAUCACUCUCUGAAUCUAGCCACAUUGGAAGAGAAAAGCGAGGAGUCAAGGAAGAAAUGAGUUUGCACACACUUGAAAACCAUACAGAACUGUCAGUUACUCCCAGUCUGGACACUUUUGAUUACAAUACUACUCCUACCUCCCAGACUCUUUUGCCCACACUACCUCCAGCACAUUACAUUACUCACACACACAACUCAAACACUCAAAUAAGUCAGGAGUUACUUCAGCCAAAUUUGAUUUGUUCUGAUUUUGUUCUUCCAGUUGAUGAGGGUAGAUAAUAGUAAUAGAUGUUAUUCAUUAUACUGUAUACACUUUUUAUAGUUGUGUAUUGCCAACAAAGUCUACAGGUUGAAACCAAGUUAACUUUAAUAUUGGUGGGUGGAACUACAGUAAUUUGUUAUAUCUUUUUGUCACACCCAAUCAAGUAUACUACCUAAAAAGAAAUACAGAAUGGCAGUUACCACUUAAAGUUUAUGGCUAAGAAUCUUUACCAUCACAUUAGCAUAGCCCCCACUUAGCUUCAGUUAUGGACUGUUAUUCUGGGUCAGUCCUCAGUUUCAGCCACUUGUUCAGAAUCAGUUGACACUUCCCUAUUUGUCUUUAAUUGAUGCCGUUAUGAAAAUUCUUUUUAAAAAUAAGUGGAAAUAAGUGGUAACAAUGGUGCAGGUACAAAGGCUAAAAAAAAAUUUCAUUACUUAAAGUCAGUGGUGUCAAACUCAAAACCUUUCGAGAGCCAAUUCUUAUUUUAGUUACCCUCUUCAGGGCCAACACAAGUGCUAUAUCACAUUUUUGGGGGAUUGAAGUUUAUAGCUUCCUUCACACAUUGCCUUGCCUGGCUUAUGAGGAAUACCUCAGUUGGGUUUGUCUGAUCUUAAGUACAUUUGUAAAAUUCAUUUUACUUAACAAGCAUGAUUAAUACUAAUAAUAGGAAAGCAAAAGGUAUAGACUGUAUAUGCAUUAUUUUGUGGCUACAAUUUAUUGUAGAAUUCCAUUUGUGUUUUGAAACUUAAGAGCUCAAUCUUGUUAUGACAGUUAUGAUAUGUACAUGCAGAACAAGAACUAUCAUGCAACUCAUAACUUUGACCUCAUUUUUCACUUCAUUGCAAGCAUUUUUCUUUCACAAGUUUUUCUAUAUUUGGCUGCAAAGGUGAUAUUCCAAGUCGGAGGAUGGCAUCCAAGUGCUUAUCAGUAAUGCGUGUUCGGUACUUAGAUUUAUUUAUCUCAUCUGAGAGAAUGAUUGUUCACACACAUAUGUACUUCCAAACUGAACAGCCCAAAAGCAUGCAUUGUAAUGAAUAUGUGGUAGCUUUUUCUUGUCCACUCUCCCAUAAAAUUCAGCAAGACUGUGGUUGGCAAAAAUUGCUUGAACAGAAGAGUUGGCCUGAAUGUCAAGUAUUUCUAGCUGCAUUUCUGCAUCACUAAACUCCCCAGCAUUCACGAGGAAGGGAUUUUCAAAGAUAGGCUCUGUUCUCUUCCAUGAAGAUCCUGAAAGUGUUUUUCAGAGUUUUCCUUCAAGUCUUCACUUUGCUUGACAAAUCUGCUGUAGGAAAAAGAAACAAAAUAUGAAACCUGGACUGAACCCGUAUACUGGCGAAGCCUCGCGCAAGCGGUGGUUAGCGGGUUUGAUGCGACCGUCAUGUGUACAAAGUUUCCCUACAAAUCUUAGAUAUUCUUUUCAUUUCAAAGGAUUGACUGCACAUCAAUUCUACAUAUAGUUAGUCAUAGCUAUAGAUAAACCGAGUUACUAAAAUGAGAAGUAUAAUUCAUGAUUUCAACAAAGUGGAGAGGGUCCAACAGCGUACACCAGUUCUCCUCGUCUGUUUAGCCCAUGUUGCAACAUUUGGCUGCUGCCUUUGUUCAGAUGCCAGUAAUGACUGCAGCUUCGUUUUUUAAUUAUUUUGUGAUUUCGAAUUAUAAGCAUUUUCCCUUUACAAUACCUGUAGUGUUAUUACUAGCAUUAAUAAUAUAAAUUCAAUUAUUGCCACAAUGAUGUAAAGAUCAUUUCGGAAUUUACUGACUCAUUCGUAUCUGCAUUUUUCCUUCAUAUCUAUUUCUAUAAAAAUUUCAUGGGCUGAUAAAUUUAACAUCACCUCUGCUUUAAGUAUACUGUAUUAAAAUACUUUGAGAGGUUAGAGGUUGGAGGAUAUUUCAUGGGUGUUGGGGGUGGCAGAAUCCAUAGUGAAAGCAAUUCACAUGAAGGUUGAUAAGAUUAGGGAAUGUGAUCAAAGUUUAAUUUAUUUAUAUGCAAGUAAAAUUGAAGAAAGAAGUGCAGAAAAGAAAGAUUUGAACAUUAGAUAAAAACGAGAAAACACUCCAAAAGCAUAUCUUUUUCAGUGAUCUGAAACCAGAUAGAGGUGUAAAUUUAAAAAAAAGUAACAUUUAGUGCUAGCCGAACUUGGUUUGCUGGGUUUAAAAAAUGCUAAAUUUGUAUCAUGAAAAUUAAAGGUGAAGUGAAGUAAAGUCUCUCUGACUCCACCCUUUGUCGUCUUUUGUACUUUUUUUUCCUACUAAUGGCGAGUGAUAUUGUUCAGUUUUCAUUGAUCCUUUAAGGACAAUUACCACAAGUAAUGCAUUAUGCCUGACAGGAUGACUCCUGCAACUGUUAGGUUAUAUGCCUGCCAGGGUGAUUCCCGUAGGCACAUAUAACACAACAGUUGCAAGAAUCACCCUGGCAGAAAUAACACAACAGUUGCAGGAAUCAUCCUAGCAGGCAUAACAUAACAAUUGCAGGAAUCAUCCUGGCAGGCAUAACACAACAGUUGCAGGAAUCAUCCUAGCAGGCAUAACAUAACAAUUGCAGGAAUCAUCCUAGCAGGCAUAACACAACAGUUGCAUAAUCAGUCUAGUGGGCACAAUACAACAGUUGCAGGAAUCAUCCUGUCAGGCUGUCCACCACUGUUGUGGACAGACAUGUCUCUCGGCACUCCUACAUAGUAGCCUAGGGAUCAACAUCUGAUUCCCCUUCCCCUCCCCAGCACUUCGAGUUGAUCAAAAGCGUCAAUUUCAACUGAAAGAGAAUAGAAAACAAUAACGGUGAUUGAACAUGGCUCUGAGACAGUAAGGUGGAAUGUGGAAACUCUGGCUUUUAUCAAGUCAAUGUUUACGAGACCAGACAGGGGAUAGCUACCAUACCUACUUUAAGAACCAACUAUUGAGUCUGCCUAAAACCAUGUGUUCCCUCUGCAACACCAGUGGGGAGACGGUCUACAACCACAUGUCCCCCCUACAACACCAGCGGGUGGAUGGCCUACAUGUGUCCCACCCCUUACAACACCAGCGAGGAGAUGGCCUAGUGAGCUUUUGGCAGGUAAUGUGUCAUGGUUGAUAAGGUGUUUGGCUACAUAAAGGAAAGCCCCGGAUAUGACAACAUAAGAGAGGAGGGGGCAUGAGUUGCUGUUACUGUACUUGAUGUCACCCACCUCUUCCCACUACCAUUCUUGAAAAAUAAAUCAAUAUUAAUUUUGAAGAAAAUAAAUUAAGAAUGAAUUGUUACUUGACCACUUACACCUCUAACCACUACCGUUCUAGAAAACACAACAAAAAACAACACAAGUACAUUACAUUAUUAGAACAGCAGCAGAAUGCAGUGCAGUUUUUGUUCAUAUUAGGAACAAUAAUCAUACCAUGGAUUGGAACAACAGUAUAAAUGUUUUUAAACCAACAAGUGUCACAGAAAGACAUUUGGUUGAAGCAAGUCGAAUUAGGGAAAUGAAUUCUGUAAACCUUAAUGAUAGUCAGUACAAAACUGGUGUUACAUAAAUUUAUUUGUCAGUGGCAUAAAGUUAAAAAAGUUUUAGAAAUCAUUUGAGUUGGAGGUAGGGUAGGGGAUUAAUGGGUCUCAUGUUAUUGACCUGACCUUACCUGUUGCAAUGUCACCAAUUUUUUAUAAGCUCUUCUCUCAUUUGCGGUGGAGGUGGUAUGUGGAUUGGUGGGUCUCUUGAUAUUCACCUGAUCUGAUGGUAUGUAAGGUCACCCAUUGUAUAUAAACUCUCAGUCCUAGUGAAUUCAGUUGACUGAAGAUAUCUUGAAUAAAGACGAAAGUUAAGGUGA